AUGCCUUAUGUGGAUCGUCAGAAUCGCAUUUGUGGUUUUCUAGACAUUGAAGAAAAUGAAAACAGUGGGAAAUUUCUUCGAAGGUACUUCAUACUGGAUACCCAAGAAGAUAGUUUUGUAUGGUACAUGGAUAAUCCACAGAACCUACCCUCUGGAUCGUCACGUGUUGGAGCCAUUAAACUUACCUACAUUUCAAAGGUUAGCGAUGCAACUAAGCUAAGGCCAAAGGCAGAGUUCUGUUUUGUUAUGAAUGCAGGGAUGAGGAAAUACUUCCUACAAGCCAAUGAUCAGCAGGACCUAGUAGAAUGGGUAAAUGUGUUGAACAAAGCUAUAAAAAUUACAGUACCAAAGCAAUCUGACUCCCAGUCUCAUUCUGAUGUUCUGAGUCGCCAGGGUGAUUAUCCCUGUGCAAAGAAGCAAGUAUCGUAUAGAACUGACAUUGUGGGUGGUGUCCCCAUCAUUACGCCAACUCAGAAAGAAGAAGUCAAUGAAUGUAGUGAAAGUAUUGACAGAAAUCAUUUGAAACGGUCACAAAGCCAUCUUCCUUACUUUACUUCCAAACCACCUCCAGACAAUACAGUUAUCAAGGCUGGAUACUGUGUAAAACAAGGAGCAGUGAUGAAAAACUGGAAGAGAAGAUAUUUUCAAUUGGAUGAAAACACAAUAGGCUACUUCAAAUCUGAACUGGAAAAGGAACCUCUGCGUGUAAUACCACUUAAAGAGGUCCAUAAGGUCCAGGAGUGUAAGCAGAGUGACAUAAUGAUGAGGGACAACCUCUUCGAAAUUGUAACAUCAUCUCGAACUUUCUAUGUGCAGGCCGAUAGCCCUGAGGAGAUGUACAGCUGGAUUAAAGCCGUCUCUGGCGCCAUUGUCGCACAGCGGGGACCCGGCCGGUCAGCGUCUUCCGAGCAUUCCGCCUGCCCUGCAGAAUCCAAACAUGCCGUCCGGCCCGCCGGUGCCUCAGCAGCCCUCCCACAUUCCACAGCCACUCGCAGCACCUCUCUGGUCUCCACCUUUGCCAUGGAGAAGCGAGGAUUUUACGAAUCUCUUGCCAAGGUCAAGCCAGGGAACUUCAAGAUCCAGACUGUCACUCCAAGAGAACCAGCUUCCAAAGUGACUGAACAAGCUCUGCUGAAACCUCAAAGCAAAAAUGGCCCUCAGGAAAAAGAUGGUGGCCCGGUGGACUUGGAUGACGCAAGCCUUCCAGUCAGUGAUGUGUGA